GAGACUCACUCCCUGAACAUGACCCAGGCAGUCAAGCUGGCCUCCAGAGUGUUCCACCGAGUCCACCUGCCUCCACAGCUGGAUGCCUCGCUGUGCUCCAGAGGCGCCGACUUGGUAGUCCGGAGUUUGCCUGACGUCCCUGGGCCCUCUGUGCCUACGCUCCUCUAUGACCUGUUCUGCAAAGGGGGUCUGUCCAGGCUACAUGAGCUGCAGGUGCAGGGCGCUGCGCGCUACGGGCCAAUAUGGUCCGGCAGCUUCGGGACACUUCGCACAGUAUAUGUGGCCGCCCCUGCACUUGUGGAGCAGCUCCUGCGACAAGAGAGUCCUUGUCCAGAGCGCUGCAGCUUCUCAUCUUGGGCAGAGCACCGUCGCCGCCACCACCGGGCUUGCGGAUUGCUAACAGCGGAUGGUGAAGAAUGGCAGAGACUCCGAAGUCUCCUGGCCCCACUACUCCUCCGGCCUCAAGCAGCCGCUGGCUAUGCUAGAACUCUGGACACCGUAGUGUGUGACCUUGUGCAACAACUAAGGCGCCAGCGGGGACGUGGCUCUGGGCUACCCGACCUAGUUCUGGACGUGGCGGGAGAGUUUUACAAAUUUGGCCUAGAAGGAAUAGGCGCGGUGCUGCUGGGUUCACGCCUGGGCUGCCUGCAGGCUGAAGUCCCUCCUGACACACAGACCUUCAUCCGUGCAGUGGGAUCGGUGUUUGUGUCCACACUCCUGACCAUGGCAAUGCCCAGCUGGCUGCACUGCCUUAUACCCGGACCCUGGGCCCGCCUCUGCCGAGACUGGGACCAGAUGUUUGCCUUUGCCCAGAAGCACGUGGAGCAGCAAGGAGGCGAAGCAGCCAUGAGGAAGCAGGGAAAGCCUGAGGAGGGUGUGCCCUUGGGGCAUCACUUAACCCACUUCCUUUUUCGGGAAAAGCUGUCUGUUCAGUCCAUUGUGGGGAAUGUGACAGAGCUGCUGCUGGCCGGAGUGGACACGGUAUCCAAUACGCUCUCCUGGACGCUCUAUGAGCUCUCCCGGCACCCAGAAGUCCAGUGUGCUCUCCACUCUGAGAUCACAGCUGCUGCAGCCCCCGGCUCCCAUCCACAGGCCACUGCUCUGUCUCAGCUACCCCUGCUGAAGGCCGUGAUCAAGGAAGUGUUAAGAUUGUACCCUGUGGUACCUGGGAAUUCCCGUGUCCCAGACAGAGACAUCCGUGUAGGGGACUAUAUUAUCCCCCCAAAUACACUGGUCUCCCUAUGUCACUAUGCCACUUCAAGGGACCCUGCCCAGUUUCCAGAGCCAAACUCUUUUAACCCAGCUCGAUGGCUGGGAGAGGGCCCUGCCCCCCACCCAUUUGCAUCCCUUCCUUUUGGCUUUGGCAAACGCAGUUGCAUAGGGAGACGCCUGGCAGAGCUUGAACUACAAAUGGCUUUGGCCCAGAUCUUGACCCAUUUUGAGGUGCUGCCUGAGCCAGGUGCUCUCCCAAUCAAACCCAUGACUCGGACUGUCCUGGUACCUGAGAGAAGCAUCAAUCUACAGUUUGUAGAAAGAUAG